GGAGUGAGAAAUUUAGGAGCAAAUAUGGCAGAUGGUGCUGUAAACUUCUUGCUUGAUAAACUUACAACUAUCCUACUUCAACAGGCAUCACUUCUAGGAGAUGCUCAUGAUGGAAUUGAAGAGAUCAAGCUUGAGUUAGAGACCAUGAGAUCAUUCUUAAGAGAUGCAGAAAGAAGAAUGGAAAGAAGUGAGUUAGUGGAAACAUGGGUGAGACAAGUAAGAGAAGUUGCGUAUGAAGUUGAGGAUAUUAUAGAUGAGUUCAUGCAUCUUCUCAAAGACAAGAAGAACCAUAUAAGUGGUUUCAAGGGUAUUGCCAAAGACUUUGUCAACCUCCCCAAGAACAUCACUGCAAGGCGUCAGAUGUCAUCAAAGCUUCCAAAGAUCAAAGCCAAGGUGCAUGCUAUCUCAGAGAGAAGCAAGAGAUACGAUUUUGAUAAGUUUGAUGAAGGGACAAGAAAAAAUAUGGGUAGCGAAUGUUGGCAGCACUAUGGAGAAUCAUCAGUCCUUUUUGAAGAAGACGAGGUAGUAGGAAUGGAAGAAGACACAGAACAAAUGCUUGAAUGGUUACUGGAGGAUGAACAACGCCGGGCAAUUAUUUCAAUUGUGGGAAUGGGCGGUCUAGGUAAGACCACUCUAGUUACAAGAGUCUACAAUGACCAAAGAAUCAAGCGACACUUUGAUUGCUGGGCAUGGAUAUCUGUGUCCCAAACAUAUGGCAUUGAAGAUCUACUAAGAAGCAUAGUCAGAGAAUUUUUUGGGACAAAGCAAGCAGAGUUACCAAGCAACCUUGAAUCAAUGAACAAUAUGCAGCUCAUGGCAAUGCUCAUUGGGUUUUUGCAUCAGAAGAGGUAUGUUGUUGUCUUGGAUGAUGUAUGGAGCAUAGAUCUCUGGAGUAAAAUGAGAGGUGCUUUUCCAAAUAAUAAACAUGGAAGCAGAAUUAUCCUGACAACGAGAAAUGAGAAUGUUGCAACAUCUGUUGGAAUUGGAUUCCGUGUUCAUCGCCUUGAGCCCCUUUGUGAAAAUGAUGCUUGGACCCUCUUCUGUAAGAAGGCAUUUUGGAAUGAACCAGGUCGCCGCUGUCCUGCAGAACUGCAACCAUUGGCUCAGGCCAUUAUGAAGAAAUGUGAAGGCUUGCCACUUGCAAUUGUGGCAAUAGGAGGUCUCAUGUGUUCAAGAAGCAAGACAAUUGGAGAAUGGAAGAAAGUUAAAGAAAGUCUCAAUUGGCAACUUAGCAACAAUCCCAUGCUGGGAAAAGUGAAGGGUAUCUUGUUGUUAAGUUUUAGAGAUUUACCCUUCUAUCUAAAACACUGUUUCUUGUAUUGCUGUAUGUUCCAUUUUGGUUACCAGAUCAAGAGGAAGAAGUUGAUUCGGCUCUGGGUAGCAGAAGGGUUCAUCAAAGAAAGAAAAGGGAUAACUAUGGAGGAGGUAGCAGAGGAGUACCUCACAGAUCUAAUUUUUCUAAGCAUGAUUCAGGUCACAGAGACUAAUGCUGCUGGGAGGGUGAAGACAUGUCGAGUGCAUGAUGUUAUGCAUGAACUGGCUAUGGCAACAUCUGAGAAAGAGAAUUUCUGUACAGCAUAUGAUGGACGUGAAUCAAAGCUAGAAGGGAAAGUCCACCGCUUAUCAGUAUAUGAUAGAGGUGAAAACAUCCGAUUGAGUAGGACCGUUUCACACCACCUUCGUUCUUUCUUCGUCUUUAAGACAGAUAUGUGUACCUCAUUCUCUUUGGAUGAAGUAUCAUUGAAAUUCAAAUUGCUAAGGGUCCUCGAACUACAAGGGGUUCCUAUUGAAACAAUACCAAGCACAUUGGUCAAUUUGUUCAAUCUGAGGUACUUGAACCUAAGAGGUACCAAGAUUAGUAAGUUUCCCAAGUCAAUGGAAAGGCUACAGAACCUACAAACCUUGGAUGUACGUAAUACUAAUGUGAGAAGGUUACCAAGUGGAAUAUCAAAACUACCAAGAUUGAGACAUCUAUACAUGGGUUUCAACAAUGAUCAGAAUUCUGAAACAUCCAAUAUUCCUAACAGCAUACAGGCUCCUGCAGGAAUAUGGAAUAUUCGAGGCCUACAAACUCUAGCAUGCAUUGAAGCAGAGGAAGAGUCAAUCCAACAAAUUGGGAACUUGACUGAGCUCAGAAGGCUGGAGAUCAAAAGGCUUAGAAAUGUUGAUGGGCCAAAGUUGUGCACUUCCAUUCAAAAGAUGACAAACCUCCUUCGUUUAGGUGUGACCGCAGCUAACGGGGAAAAACUUCAGUUGGAAGCCUUGUCUCUGCCUCCACCAUUUCUUCAGAAGAUGGAAUUGGUUGGGCAGUUGAAUAGGUUGCCUCACUGGCUUGGUUCUCUGGCAAACCUCUCACAUUUGUACUUAAGUAUGUCUUGUCUCCAAGAUGAUAUUGUUUCUUCUCUACACGUACUGUCUGCUCUAGUGUUUCUUGAACUAAAGAAGGCCUAUGAUGGGAAGCUCUUGCACUUUGAGGCGGGAUGGUUUCCUAAACUCAACAAACUCAAUAUUGCGGAGCUUGCACAAUUGGAUAGUCUAGUAGUGGAAGAGGGUGCAUUGCCAACCAUUCGGGAGUUAAAUCUAAUUUAUUGUCCAGAGCUAAAGAUGUUGCCUGAGGGCAUUGAACAUCUGACUAACCUCAAGAAGUUACACCUGGAGCACAUGCCAGAAGAAUUCAUAGGAAGGCUGCGGGAUGAUGCAAAUCAAGAUCAAGCAAAGGUACGACACAUACCCACAAUCAAACUCGUAUAUUUAAGGGGACAAAAUCGGGUAGUUGAAACAGUUCGAUAG